CCUCCGCGAGGGGGGGCGUGGCCUGGGCUGGCCACCAGGGCCCCGCCCCCAGCCAUCAUUCAUUCCGCCGAGCAGCAGCAGAACCUCCGUCACAUUCUCGCCUCGGCGCUUCCUCCACCCGGGACUCUUGCACGCCUUUUCCCGGCGGCCUUACCCUCUCCACCCGGGACUCUUACACGCCUUUUCCCGGCGGGCUUACCCUCUCCACCCGGGACUCUUCUUGCACGGCGCGCCUUCCCACGCUGGAAAGGAAGAAAAAGGAAGAGGUGUUCUGUUCGCGCAGAACUUGGCUGGGGAUUUACUGUCUUGCGUCCUGAAGAAAAGAAGUUUGGAUUAACUGCACGACUUGGAAGGAUUUUGUCCACUUUGGAUCUUAGCGACUGCCUGCUUGAUGGAUCGGAGCCUGCGGACUACUUUGAGGUCCUCCGAUGCACGCCAAGUCCACGGUGGAUGUGGGCAGUGGUGAUCCCCCCAGAUGGAGCUCCAAAGUCAACAUGGCCCCGGCGGUUCCUUAGCGCUGAUCCGCCAGCCUUCCCAGAGGUCGGAUUACGAGCGGGACUUCCAGCAUGCCGCCAUCCUCUCCCUGGACCAGAUCAAGGCCAUCCGCUCCAGCAACGAGUACACGGAGGGGCCCUCGGCUGGGGCGCGGCGGCCCCCAGCCCCCCGCAUGCCGCCCCGGCCCCGGGACAAGCAGGAGAGGACUCACGAGGUCAUCCUGGUCAAUGUGAACAACAACUAUGAGCGCCGGGGGUCCGGACACCACCACCACCACCACCUCCACCACGGUGGUCCCCGGGUGCCGGGGCUGAGUCGCUCCACCAGCACGGGGAGCGCCGCCAGCUCCGGGAGCAACAGCAGCGCCUCCUCCGAGCAGGGACUCCUGGCUCGCUCGCCCCCGGCCAGGCCCGUGCGGACCCAACCCAAGCCGGGCGCCCUUUUCCCCCCACCCCCGCUUAAACCGGACCCCGCCAAGGCGGCCUGGGCGCCCGCCGCCGGGCACCAGUUCAUCUGCGAGCGCUGCGGCAAGUGCAAAUGCGGCGAGUGCACGGCGCCCCGCGCCCUGCCGGCGUGUUUGGCGUGCGGCGGCCAGUGCCUGUGCUCGGCGGAGAGCGCCCUGGAGCACGGCACCUGCAUGUGCUUGGUGAAGGGCGCCUUCUACCACUGCUCCAACGACGACGAGGGCGACUCCUGCGCCGACCACCCCUGCUCGCCGUCGCACUCGCACUGCUGCCCGCGCUUCCUGUGCAUGGGGCUGAUGUCGCUGCUCUUCCCCUGCCUGCUGUGCUACCCGCCCGUCAAGGGCUGCCUGCGGGCGUGCCAGAGCUGCUACGACCGCGCCAAGCGCCCCGGCUGCCGCUGCAAGAACUCCAACACCGUGUACUGCAAGCUGGAGGGCUGGGCGCCCCGCAAGCCCUCCUGAUCGCCGCGGGAACAUGUUUACGGAACAUUCCAAGGAGCAACCACUCGAGUCUUCUCUCCUGGAUCCGGGUUUCACACGCCAGUGUUUGCCUUAAGCCCCGCCCCCCUCUCACCUGUGAAGGACCAUCUUGUCGGCCGUGAUGUAGCUAACAGCAGGUCUUCUUUUAUGCUGACGUUGCAUUAUUGCAAUAUUCCCUUGUCUACAUUUUAAGCUGAAACAAAAAAAAAAACCAUCAGAGGAAAUAAUUCUGGCUAUUUUUCUCUCUCUCUCUCUCUCCAAAUGUUGUUGUUGUUGUUGUACAAAAUAUUUAUUAUGUGAAGCUCUAUUAUUUUAUGAUAUUUAUUGCAAGAGACAGUCUUAAAUGUUACUCCAUGUCUGAAUUAUAACAAGAACUAUCGAAUACUUAGUGAACCAGGGCGGCACAAAAGUAAAAAAAAAAAGUAUGUUAACUUUAACGCAGAAAAAUAUAUGAAUGGAAAAAAACAAAGGA